UUCGCGAUCGAGGAGCUCUUUCUUCAUCGGCGAGACCUCCACUUCCGCCUCACCAGGGUAACCCUUUCUCCGUUCCCCUACAAAAACCGAGGCAAUAAGUUUCGCCCAAGAUUCGCUAUUUCUCUAGGAUUAAAGUGACGGAAGGCGCCAAGGAACCUUAAUCCAUGUUUGUAAAAAAAGAUCAUCUCCGGUCUUCACCCUUUUCGGCGGUGACGCCAUCUUGGAAAUGUUGACUCUAUGAGCACUCUCAGACCACGUGUUGCUCACGGGAUCUGCGAGAAUUUCACGAUAUAUCAUGGGAGGGGUCAAGGGUGGAGCUGGGAUCAUCUCGUGGGACAUCUUGGCAGGUCCAGAGCAGCCACCGGUGUUUAUACCACUCGCACCUCCCUGCUCCAAUUAGACUGCCAGAUUUAAAGCUUUAAGUUAUUACUCAACGUAUUAAACGUUCCUUGCAAAAUGAGUGUAUCUAUUUUCGCUGCUUUUUAAGCGUCGCAAUGUUAAUGGCCACCGGGGUAAUUAGAUUGAAAGGUAGCCCGCGGUAAUUUGUGGUCUCACUCGGUCCCUUAUAGGUAUACCCCGCGAUAUGAGCUUGUCGAAGACGUCCUGGGAGGGGUCAAGGGUGGACCCGGGGUCAUCCCGUGGGACAUCUCGGCGGGUCCGGAGCAGCCACCGGGGCUCGUGGCACCCGCGGCUCGCUCGCUCCAAUCUGGCUGCCGCACGCGUGGGCCCGCUCCAAGACGCACGCACACACGCUAGCCAAGUGCAAAAGACGCAGGCUUGUGGCCGUGUGGUGCCUAGCAGCUGAAGAAGGGAGUGCCGAAGAGGAGGAAGAGACGGCGGAGGGUCCGAGAGGAUGAGGGAGGCUGCGGUCCUAUAUGUAGCCCCGAAUCUUAGCCGGACCAACUAUUACGCCCGAAUCUUACGAGGCGCACGCACCCCGGUCGCGCGUUGGUCUUCUUCAGGGACUCCCAGCUGAGAAAUAAAGUCCUCCCAUUAGAUUUAACCUGACCUGUGCGACGUCGAUGGCGCUCUUCGGGGGAGUCUGAAUCGCGAAUCCGCGCAAGGGCUUUCUCUUCGAGUUCGAGGACGAAGAGGGGAGAAGUGAUAACGAAGACCUCGGCGAAGUGGCGGAGCUCCUGAGCGAAUCGCGAAGGGGCUCCUCGAGGAGGUGAGGUUCGGGGGUGGCGAACACAGUGUGGGAUGAUCGGACCUGGCUGAGACGAAGAGGAGGCGGAGGAAGUUGGACACCAUGCCGAGGGCCUUCCUUAUCACCCAUCGCCGGUACAACGGCACGGAAGAGUUCGAGGAGCCCGGAAGAGACUUCAGCCCCGAAAGAGGGGUGCGAGUUGCCGAGUAUGGAGGUGGCCAGCCGACCUCGGACGGAGCCAGCGAUUGCGGCAGCGAGACCUCCUCGGAAUGCCCUGAAGAGCUCUACAACCUGACGAAGUUGGCCGAGGUGAGCCUGGCAGCUGCAGCAGGUACUCUGAUCCACCCUAGAGGAGUCCUCUACGACAGGCCAGAGUCCCCUCGAUGCACCCUGCCGGAGAAAUGCAGGUCGACUAGGACUUGCUCGAAGCAGCAGCAGUUCCACCUUCAGCAACGCCUGGACCACCCCGAGCACCGACUUCUGCACCGGGAUGUGGAGAACGGCGAGAGGUCCCUGAGGGAGAGGACGAGGCUCUUCUUCGAGAGGAUAGAGACGGAGAGGCAGACCCUAGAAGGGGUCAAGUCUUCGUCAGGAGACCCUCUUCAGGUUCACCCUGGUCGCUGUUCUCCGGCCGUGGUGCAGCCUCAGUUACCGGGACCGGAAACCGAGUGCCUUCUUCUGGGUGGAGAACAUCUUCCUGGAAGGAGCUCUCUUCCUUCCGAGGCCAAGGUUGCCGAGGCAGAGCUACCGCGUGCGAUUAAUGCCAGGAGGACGACUUCCGACAACCCCAAGUCCGAGGACAACGAGGACCACGAGUGUCCCGAUUGUGGGAAGAAGUACUCGACCUCGUCGAACCUUGCCAGGCAUCGACAGACACAUCGGUCCCUGGGGGACAAGAAGGCCAGGAGGUGUCCUCACUGCGAUAAGGUCUACGUCAGCAUGCCGGCCUAUAGUAUGCACGUGAGGACCCAUAAUCAGGGCUGCAAGUGCCACUACUGUGGCAAGUGCUUCUCCAGACCGUGGCUUCUUCAGGGUCAUAUACGCACGCACACAGGGGAGAAGCCGUUUAAAUGUACGAUCUGCAACAAAGCCUUCGCCGACAAGUCGAACCUGAGGGCGCACAUUCAGACGCACUCGAAUACGAAACCGCACCUGUGCGGCCGCUGCGGAAAAGCCUUCGCCCUGAAGUCGUACCUCUACAAGCACGAAGAGUCCUCCUGCAUGAGGGCGCAUCAUCGAGCCUCGUCCGAGAAGAGGGAGACCGGGGACCCUCCACCAGUUCCUUCUUCAGCAACUUCGACGCCUCCUGGGGCGCAGACCAGGAUCGCGACGCCCAGCGUCACGGCGUCCCCGACCAGCGUCAUCGUACCCCGUUUAGGUGCCGGGAGGAACCCACCCCUGCCGACCCCGAAGACUACCUCUUCAGGGUUCUCGGCCAUCAUCAAGCACGGGAAGACGACCUCGCUGACGUCCUUGGCAUCCUCGUCCCCGAAGAGACCUUGCAGAGAGAGGACGCCGGCGGACCUUGAAGCCACCCAGAAGAACGAGGAGGACUCCUACGUUUCCAGGAUGGUCAUAAGGACUUCCGUCAUCUCGCCCAAUCCCGAACAUCGAAAUCGCUUCGGCCAAGGGAACCCCCCCGCGAAGGGGGGCCUCGAUUUCGGAGACCCAGCGAGGUCCUUUUCUGGGCCCACUGGGAUGACCUUAAAUUUGGCCAUCGCGUGAAGGCAGUAUCCGAUGGACCAGAUAUGAAGUUGUACCUCCUAAAGAGCCGUCGAGUUCCGAGUUCGACUUCCGGCCCCUCUUUGGAGUUCAAGAGGAGAUACUCGAGUCGACAUUUUCAUUCUACUUAUAACCUCUAAUUGUGAUUAAACCUUAAGGCGAGACGAAAGUGGCGUCUGAGAGGUCUCGUUUAUAAAACCUUUCUCCGAGCUGGAUGUACUGAAUCGUUUGAAAUUUUAUCACUUGAAUAUAAUGACCUUAAAGAAGGUCUCGGUACUCAAAAAUUCUUUUUUAAUUUGUUUAUAAAUACUCUUUUAAUUUUUUUUCGUUGUAAGAAAUGUUAUUUCAUGAGAGUUAGGACCUUUCUUAGGGCCUCCAUAUUCGAGUAGUUGAAUUUUGAACGAUUCAAUAUACCCAGGUCGGAGAAAAGUUGCAAGGAGUAUUGACCACUCAGUAUCACUUGCAUAUCGCCUUAAUAAAUGGGUUCGGAGAUUAUAUAAAUAAGGUAACUUCUAUGUCAUUGAGAUUGAAAAGAUUUCAAGAGUAAGAUAAUGCCAACAGAGGGCUUACUUAGGUUAAAGAGGACCUGAAAUUUCGACUCGAGAAAGCAGGAAGAAAAUCCUUCGAACGAGGCCAAACAAUCCUGAAGGGAAAUCUACGAAUCGGUCCUUUCGUCCAGGAUUGGAGCGAUCGUUGUGCGACCACGAAGGACGCUAAUGCAGGCAUUAUUCCAAACAUCUUCCUAAUAGGGACCAUCUAGCAGUUAGCUGUAACCUAAUUAUUAAUGUAAACUCGAUCAAAGCCAUGGAGAGUCCCUUCGAGUGGAUUUUUACGAACAUCGGUGUCUGUGAACUAGUCCAGGAGAUCCUCGAAGCGCAACCAGGAUGAUCCAUCGAUGCUUAGGCUCUUUUUUUUUUUCCUUUUUAAGUAGAACCGGAAGCCUCGUCUUUCGCGCUCUUCCAGGCAGCUGUAAGUUGUUCAAUGUAAAUAGUGUGUGCGCAAGUAGUAGCAGAGCCUGCAAGGAGAUGCGCUCCCUCAAAGUAGGCGCCGCAAUAAUUAAGGAUUAAUAAGGAAUAUUUUGGGCCGCGACUUUGGUAGCGGCCAGAGUGUCAACUAGUCGGACUCGUCCCGUAAUUAACUAUCUCGUGGGAACCAAUCUCUCAUACUGCGGUCAAAUAUCAAUUUUUACAUUUAUUCGGUCGGCUAAAAAAAUCCUGCAACAUCAAUAACACAAUUUUUAAGGCAUAAAGGACCGUGGGAUUUUUUUUGCCUACCUAGUAAUUAAAAUUAAAAUGAUUUCUCAGGGCACCGCGAGAGCUUGCCGAGACGUUUACGGGACGGGGGAAAAAAUUAUUACGAUGUCGCGUGUUGUAGAUUGUACUUUUUAUACGUGUUUAAGGAGAAGGCUGAGAAAAGUUGUACCCUGCGAGGGAUUCAUUUCCAGAUGGAUAUUAAGAUAUUAGUCACUGUAAAGGAUAGGGAGAGGGUGCGUCUUUCUCUGGUGGUAAAGAGAGCUCCCAUGAGCGUCAUUUAGACGUGUCUUUGGAUUUUGGUGAAUCUAUGGAUGUUGGACCUUAUAGACUGAUCUGACCAUGAAGACAGUAAAAGAGAAAGAAAAAAAAAUGGGGUUGUUUCAUACUCUUUCUUUCUCUUCGUCCUCGAAACAAGUGCCUAGCACAAUAUGGCGAUCCCCGUAACAGUUUCCAUAACAGUAAGAGAGAAAGAGAUAAAGGAUAGUCCCUUCGUUCGCUCUAUUUCCUUUUUUCUGCCUUCACAAAAACAUAUCCCAUGUCCAUAGGUGUGCCCUAGUCAUGGUUUGACCGACCGGAAGGCUCGGGAACGCGACCCUCGUAGGACCCCGAAGAUGUUGCACAUUGUAAAUAGCAUUCCCAAUCGUCGAUUAGUUUUUUAAGCGAUAAACGACGGCGUCUAGAACUAAUGGUCCACCUUGAAUCACUUAGCAUACCAUUUACACGCCGGAGUGCCUGCGGACCUUCGCCAUUUUUGUACCGAACCGCUCCCCACGAGUCCUGUUAAUCGCAACAUAAAUAUACGACCACGUAUUAGAAA